AUGGCUGACAUUGUAAGAAUGUCAUGUGAUUAUAAUAAUAAUUCUCGUGACACUAACAGUGGUAAUAUAAACGACAAAUUAUCAAAUGAAUCCAUCCCAUUUUCAAUACCAGAUGAGAGAUGGGCACCAUUAAAUAAACAGACAUUUCAAACAUUUUUUGAUAGUGAUGGACGUUUAGUUAAAGAACAUGAAUUUCGUAAAGCUGUUUUCAAAGGUGGCCUCAUACAAGAAUUGCGAGCAGAAGCAUGGAAAUAUUUAUUUUUAUUUUAUCCACCAUUGAUUUCUGCGCGUGAACAACAAACGAUUGAAACAGAACGACAGUUACGUUACCAAUUGAUGUGUGAACGAUGUUAUAAAGAAAUGCCUGAAAAAUUACGAUUAUCUGUCAUUCAUUCAUCCACCACAUAUCCAAAUGUACCACCAACAAACGCCUAUUGUCUUAUUCAACAAAGGAUUGAAGCAUAUAAACAUAAAUUUCAAUGGAAUGAUAUGAAUGAACAUAUUCAAUUGAUUCUAAAAGAUAUACCAAGAACAGAUCGCUGUUCAUCUAUUAAUAAUCAUAAUCGGUUAACACGUUUGCUAAUUACAUUUGUUUGUUAUCAUCCAUCUAUUGGCUAUGCUCAGGGUAUGAACGAUAUGGCACAAUGUUUUCUUAACGUUUUUACGUCUAAUGAACAUGAAGCAUAUUGGUGUUUUUCCUAUUAUAUCACACAAGCAGCCGAACAUUUUACUGAACAAGGUAUGGGUACGAAAAUAAAACUGUUACCGAAACUUGUGGAAAAAAUUGAUAAGGUAUUAUUUCAACGAAUUUGUGAAUUAAAUGUUGAAUUAUGGACAUUUUGUCAUCGCUGGUUAUUUUUAUGUUUUCGUCGUGAAUUUAUUGAGGAAGAAGAUACAUUAUUAUGUUUCGAAGUUGUUUGUAGUCAUUUUUUAGAAACAAAUUCAUUGAUGUCUGACCGUCUGUUACACGACUAUCAAUUGAGACGAUCAGAAAUUGAAGGAAUUUGUAUGACAACAAAAACUAAAAGUAAUGACGAACAGUACUAUUGUACAUUUGACUAUUUUGUCUGUAUAGCAAUGAUUGAAUUACUACGCUCAUGUUUAUUUGACUCUGCCGAUGAAUUAGAAGCUAUGGAAUUGAUACAAAAACAUCAAAAAACAUUAAAUGUUAAUCAAGUACUUAAUCUAGCUGAGAAAUUAUUCAAAGAUUAUUGUCAAAUAUUAACGACAAGCACUACGGAAACAACAGUGGAUUUAUCACCUGUUGAACAAUCCUAUCAAUUAAUCGAAGUAGGUGAUGAUAUUAUUCGAAAAAGUGUACCAAAAAAUAAGAAGUCAACGAUCAAAUCGUGA